UCGUUUAACCCGACUCGUUAAGUUAUAAUGUCGCUGGAGCUUAUUGUGUCAUCGUCUUCAAGUAGUCAGACUGUUUUGCUGUAUAUGUAGUUGUUUAUUGUAGUGAAUUUAAGAAGUUAUUAGAAAUUAGUGAAAUGUUGUAGCGUGAAGGAAAUAUCGAACAUAUCCGUACGGAAUGAAAUUCUCCUAAAUCUAUGGUUUUAUAUGGGCAGAUUAUUGAUAGAGCAACAAUAAUGAAGUAGAGAACACUUGAUAUGCAACAGAACUAUUUAACUUAGUUGCUGUAAUUUUCUUAAUACCUUUUAUUCCUGCUAAUUCAAUGUGCGUGGGUAAUCGUUAAAUCGUUUAAAGAGUGUGACAAAUUUAGUCGAUUACCAUAAGUUGGUGGAAGAGUUGGCUAAUAUAUUUCUAAACCAAAACAUGGCUGAUAACUCAUCGUCUUGGGACGACGACCCACAUCUAGAGAAACCUGGUAGGGACUGGCUGGAAUACCUAGCCCUAGCAACAGACUACUUCAGCAUCCCCCUAUGUUUCAUCUCCGUCUUAUGUGACAUCCUCCUCAUAGCCGUAAUAUUGAAGUACAGAAGACUUAAAAACAGAACCAACUUCUACCUAUUAAACUUUGCAAUUUUCCACAUUGUUUACAUAUUGUCCACACCUAUCUUCUAUUGUAUAAUAGAUCUAUUUUACCCAUCAGGUCUAGAAAUACGUUGGUACUGUACUUGGUCGAGGAUAGAAAACUUUGGAAUGGCUUUAGUCUUGACUUUUAUUGCUGGAUAUGGUGUCGAUGUGGUGGUUGAAAGCCAACAAGCCAACUGGUUUCCAAAAUACGAAAGGAGAUAUUUUUAUCUGUUUUCCUUUUUUUACUUUUUCCAUGUGAUGAUUUUCGCCAUUUCCGCCAGCAUUUGUUUCAAAAGCGGCCUUCGAAACAACUUCAAUUUUUACUUUUUAACCAUCUACUAUCUCGUUACUGUAAUUUUUCUACUGUAUCUUGGCAUUAGUAACAAAGAUGGCAAACUGGUUAAAACAAAGUCAUACGCUCUAAACAUAUCUAUAGUUAUAUUACUCCUAUGGUUGCCAUUAUUCGUCGUUUACAAUUUAAUAAAUAUACUAAGAAAGAGAAACGUAGAAAUAGUGUUGUGGUAUCUAGCAUUUUUACCGGAAUACUUAGCGUAUUCUUGUUCAGUAGUUGUUUGUUGGAAAUUGUGGAAGGGCCAAAAACAGUUUAAAACUGCUUUUAGGAAAAUAUUCAGAAGAGAGGUCUCCCUUGCGGACUAUGAAGAGUUGUUUAUGGUAGAAAAUAAUGUAAAUUCGGACCAAAACAAAUUGUAGAACGGACAAUAAACGUUAAAUAAAAUAAUAUAGGUAUUUAACUGUAUGUACGUCUAGCAAUAUAUCAUUCAGUAAGUUGUUAUUUCAAGUUUGUGCUAUAUGUGUGUAUGGCUUAAUACUUUUCUUGUGCCAUUGCUAAGUAAUAUUUAUGAGGCUGUAUAUCAGCUAUACUCAUAUACAGUGCUAUAAGCUAUUUCUAAGGUUCUUAAAAAUUUUUUCACUUUUUGUGGAUCUUCACUUAUUCUAUUAAAUCAGCUUAUCCCAUUUUUUAUGUUCCUUUGUACUGAAUGCACCCAUCACUUCAUUGGUCAUCCCAUUGUCUUUCAUACUUACAAUAUUAUCUGGAAUCGAAUUCUGAACAUUAUGAAUCCUCUCUUAGGCCAUAUGCCUCUUCACGGUAGGGUAUUAUUUUGUGGGGAUGAGCUUAACAUCAGCUUGCGUUCCCAACAGUUCCAUAUCUUAGCUCCUCUUUUCUCUCUCACUCUCUCUCACUCUCUCCCUCUCUGGGUAUUUCUUUUCUUUUAUAUAGGUAACAGAUACCCCCCCCCCCCCUCUACGCCCUAACUUUCUGUUAAUUUGUGUUUCCAAUAAUUAUUGGUGUUUUCGUUAUCUUUAGUCUUCUUCUACCGAUAUUUUUGAAGAUAUUUCGUAAACUUGUUUCCCAGUUCUACAUCUUUUCUUUUUUCUUGAGUUCUUAGAUCGUGGUCAACUUGGAUACAAUACUUUUAAUCGAAAGAUUGUACUAAACAUCCUUGCUUACUUAAUUCGUGGCGUUGCAAACCUUAGUGGGUUUUAGCUGACUCAACAACAUGCCUCCACUCUUCUCUGUCUUGAGCAAUCUCCAUCCAGUUCUCCACACUCAAAGCUUUCAGGUCCUCUGUUUUAUUAUCUCGCCACCGGAGUCGAGUGUGUCCACGUGAUCUUCUUUCAGUUGGGACUUCCUCCCACACCAGCCUUAUGGUUCUUUGGUUGGAAUGUUUUCUGAGGUGUCCUGCCCAUCGGAGUCUUCAAGACUUCCCAAGUAGCACAAAAAAACAUUUUAGUAUUAUUUAAGGUUUAUAAAGGUUUUAUUGUGGUAACUAAUAAGAUAAUGGUUUUAAAGUUACCUUGUAAUUAUUCUGCCAGAACUUUAAAACUGUUAAGCAUUUGUCACUAGAAAGUAUCUAAUAAGAGUAUCAAAUAAGACUAAUUAACCUUUAUAGGUAAUUUGUCUUAUUGUAGUUUUGAAAUGGUUUAUUCUCAUUUCACUUUAAAACUAAUCAGUUUCAUGAAGAACUUCCGGACUGUUUGGUUUUAUUAGAUUCUUGUUUGUUACCUUUUAAUUUUAUUGCAGUUUUAAAGAUUCUCCUGAUAUGACUAAUAAAACCUAUUAUUAAAACUACUUCACCUCAAGACUAUUAUGUCGGUAAAGCAUAUGCCUUAAAACUAUUUUUUUAUUUUUCUUUAAAUUAGUUUUCUUAAAAGCAAUUAGUAGGCUAUAUUAAAACCAAACGCUCUUAACAGAAUCAAUGUGGUUAUCGUAAAGACUAAACUAUGCUUCUUGUUAGAAACAAUAAAACUAAACUCAUCCCCUCUUAUUUCAUGACCAAAAUGGUCGAAUAUUUGUUUCAGAGAAAACAGUGGUGUAGUGUGUUGUCAAAAGUGGAAGUACAUUUAGUAUGAAAGAAAUAAGUCGCAAGUACUUAAAAUAUAAACAAACUGGUCAUUUUAAAAGAAAAAUAUAACACACACAGCACUACGACGCGACGCCUUGAUUUUAGGUUAGAUUCACAUUAAAACCAAGUGGCAUUUAUUGACAGCAGCAUUAAAACUAAACGGUUUUAAUUCCAAGGCAACCUUUCUUUUAUGUAGGAUAUAUGCUCCUGCAACGGUAUAAAAUAAAACCAUUUGAUCUUAACAAUUCUCUGUCGAUAGACCAAAUAGUUUUAUUUGGAAUUCGGCCAUAUUGCUUUCUGGAGAUGCUGAAAGCCAUGAUAGGUUGCAAUAUAAGGCUUACAUAAAAAUUAUAAAUAAGCGAGUUAAAGGGACAUAAAUUCGAUUUAUUUUAACACUAAAAGAUUAAAAUUGUAGAUAAUAGUAUAUUACAUACCUAGCGGGAAAGUACUCUAUUUCAGCCGAGCGGCAAGGUAGUUUACCGAGGUGCGAAGCACCAAGGUAAACUACAGACACGAGGCUAGAAUGAGUUCCCGCGAGGUUUGUAUAGUAUUUUACUCACAAUCGGUUAGUAUUUUAUGGAUUUCUAAUACACACAAUCUACCAAUGAUAAUUUCGUUUCAAAUAUCUGUAUCCAUUUUCAUUAUGUGAUAAGAUGAAUUAUUUUAAGUAACCUGUGAGAUCGUUGCUAGGUAACAAAACAAGUUUUUUGAAUCUGACACUUAGGCGACACACGACGCCAUACAUUGUACAUAUAAUCAAAUUGUGUUUAUUUUACAAAAAUGUCUGAUAGUGAAUUUGAAUGUACGCCACCAGAACUGCGGGUAGCUGCAGAGAGAGCUACUGAAGGAAUAAUUCCUGAAAAAAGCAGGGAGAGGUAUGAAAACACCUAUGCACUAUACAGUAAAUGGUGCGUGGCUAAAGGUGACAGAUGCUAGCCGGGAAAGUACUUUCCCGGCUAGCUGGGAAAGUAAAGUAAGUAAUAAGUCGCUUCCUGAUUACUUCAAAGGUUAGAAAUCCAUAAAUUACUAACCGAUUGUGAGUAAAAUUAUUUUUCUUUCAAAUUAAUAUUUUUCGGAUUUAAUUUUUGUAUUAUUUUUAUUUUUUAAUCGCCAAAAGUUAAAAAUGUUGGGGCGCGUGACUUAUUUAGACCUAUUUUUGUUAACAUUAUCAAUAAAGUUGGGCGCGCAAGUGUUUUUCUACCUUGAGAGUCCGAAAUAACCAAGUACUUUUUAUUAUUUUAUGGUUACAAAUACGUAUCUAAAUAUCAUAACACAUGUAAAAAUUUGUUGGCCUAUAUGGAGUAUAUGGGUUUAAAGAAUCAUUUAAUAUGGUAAAUUGUCUUUAAAAGUCUCCAUUUAAAAACCCUUUUUAAGUUUGUUAUCAAACGGCCUGCACUUAAAGUGUCUUUUAAUAUGGUUUUAAAAGCACCUUUACAGCAGCUUCUAAACCAGUUGCUUAAGAAAACAAAGUUUUAAGAAGGUUUUUAUUUGUGGUUUUAUUGACCUCUUUCAGAGUGGGCCUUUUAUGCUGAAAGCGGUUUUAUUGCAACCUUAAGGUUUACUUAAAAACCAAAUGGUUUUAAUUUUAGUUUUAUUCUACAGUUUUAAAGCAUAUUUAAAAGACCCGUUCGGUGCUACUUGGGUUUAUUUCUUUUAUUUUGUUGGCAUAUGUAGGAAACGGCUCUCCCAACAACAACUAGUCUAUUUAAAGCAUCAGUUAAUAAAAUAGUUAUAGCCAGAAUGAUCGCCAAUAUUCGAAACGAAUAGGCACCAAAAGAAGAAGAUUAUGUUGGCGUCUCGGUAUAGUUCUUCCAGCUCUUUAUUAGUUCUUAUCCUAUUUUGUCCUGCUGCUUUAUCAAGCACAGGCACAAAGAUUUUCCUUAGGAUUUUUCUUUCCUAAACACGUAGUCUCCCUUCGUUUGCCUUUGUUAUCGUCCACGUUUCGCUGCCAUACAUCACUACGGAUCGUAUGAUUGUUUUAUGUAGUUGAAUUUUUGUAUGUCUUGUGAACAAUUUUAAUUUUAUAAGGUUUUGAAGGGCAUACAGAUAUCUGUAUUACACAUACGUACUUUGACAUAUUUUUCUCCAUUAAAAAGCCUCUUUUUGAAGUUUUUACAUCUAGGUACUCUGUGUAUUCAGCAUCAAUACAUAUUUCUAAGGUAAAAUUUACACCUUUUAUUAUCUUCACGUACAUAAUACACUUAGGAGACUAAACUCGUAUUGUGCCACCCUAUAUAUUUACCAUUAGGAUGCAAUUUUAUCAUUAGAAACUAAUUCUAGAUAAUUAUGAAGUCGUUGUUAUAUUUUAUAUUUUUAUAUUUUAUGUAAUAUAAAUGUAAAUGUCACCAAAGAAUUUGUGUAAAUAUUUUAUAUUUUAAUUAAAAUAUUAUCAAUAGUGUAGUCAAUGUUGUGAAAAAUUAGCAAUAUAGAUAAUGCAUGAUGUUGUAUAGCUUAAUUUAUUAAAGUUUAAAGACUUAA